UCAGAGUCCUCGAAAAAGUUUUUUUUUCUAAAUUGUAUGAAAUAUUCGAAAUAUUUGAUUUCGAAAAGUUACAAUUGCGGACUAUACUAACUUGUGUGGUCUCUCCUGCGCCACUACAUCACAAGGAGAGGAGGACGCUCUGGUAGGAAAGCACAACAUAGUUAAAAAUAUACACUUCAAAAAGUCUUCAACAAAGGCUACGACGACCAGUGUAAAGAGAAGACCGAAGGGUGUUGUUGAUAACAAGAAAGUGCUUUGGACUACUCACCACCAACAAAGCAAGAAGAAGCGACUUUAUCCUGCCACAAUAAUCACAAAUUUGCCCGAAGACUCAAAGGAAGAGGUGGCACGGGUAAAUCCAAUAUUUUUGGUAGAAGAUUCUUCAGACGGGGCGUCAGCAACCAUGGAGGUUGAAGAUUGUGAUCAAGACGAUAUCAACACGACUGGUCCGGGGGGAGAUGCUAAUCUAAGAAAAUUUAGCUCAAGAGUUGGGAAGCCAAGGGUUGAGAUUUCUUCCAUAGAUUCCGAUGAUGACGAUGAACCUGAAAUUUUGGAAAGCAACUUUGAAGCCAAGAAGACUCCCAAUAAUAUCAAGAAACAGCAAGUUCUCAAGAAUCCCCUACACGUCACAAAAGAACCAGAAUUUAUUGAUCUCACUGAGGAGGAUCAAGACAUGGUGUCCGAAGCUGAUGAUUCUGAUAUCAUUGUGGAGGGUAUUGUGGAGGAUCAAUCAAGACAUAUGGAAGAGGAAGAUGAUGAUGAUGACGAUCUUCCCGUGUUGGUUGAAGUUCCUCCACUUUCAAAGAAGGAUAUGGCUGAAGAUCAUCGCAAAGUUGGCAACAAUCAUUUCAAGUUGGCCGAAUACAAUCAGGCCCUGGCAGCUUACAACAGAGCGCUCGAUCUGCUUCCAACCGAGGCUUCGUAUUAUGGAAAUCGUGCUGCGUGUCUUAUGAUGAUGAAAAGAUUUUCUGAAGCACUUUACGACUCUCAACAGUCGCUCAAGAUAGAUCCGACAUAUGAAAAGAGCUACUUACGAAUUGUCCGAGCAAAUCUAUCGUUGGGUGACGUGAAUGCGUGUGAGACAGCAAUUCAGCAGUACGAUCAAUUGUGCAGAGGCAUGACAGACAUCUUACCUGAAAAACAAAAGCUGCAAGACCUUAAAAAGUUCCUGGCCGAUAUGACGGCUUCCACAAAUCGCAAGGAUUAUCGGCGUGUGUUGUUUUUAUGCGAUCGUGUUUUGGAGAUUGCCAACGGAGAUAUGGACAACAAAAUUCGCAAGGGCUACAUGUUGACUAAAUUGGGGCGACACAAUGAGGCAGCAGAUGUAGCAACAGAUAUUAUGACAGUUGAUGGGCAUAACGUGGAUGCUCACGUAAUUAAAGCACUGUGUCACUACCAGCUUGACAACAUGGAUAAAAGUCUAUCGUUCUUUCGAGGAGCGCUGCAACGCAGCCCAGAUGCCGUGGAGCCAAAGGUUCUGUACAAGCAAGUGAAACAUGUUAAGGAGCAACGUGAAAUUGCCAGUGAGCUAUAUACCCAAGGGAAAUAUGAAGAAUCCAAAGCUCUUUACUUGGAGUGUGUUAAACUCGUCAGUGGUGAUGACGAUAAUCUCAAAAAUACCUGCCUGGAGUCCAAGUUUAACUUUAAUCUGUCGCUCAUUUACAACCAACAACGGAUGUAUGAUGAUGCAUUGCAGUACGCAAAUCGAGCAAUCGAGAUUAAUACUGCGUACUACAAAGCCUACAUGCAUCGAGCCAGAAUCAACAAUGCAAAAGAAUUAUACGAGGAGGCCGUACGGGACUUUGAGGCUGCGUUAAAACUGGAUCCCACGAAACGAGAUCUUCUAAGAAACGAAAUUCAUAAUGCCAAAGUUGCUGCAAAACGAGCAAAGAGGAAGGAUUAUUAUAAAAUAUUGGACAUUCCAAAGGGAGCUACGGAUAAUGAUAUUCGGAAGGCUUAUAAGAAGCGAGCCUUGUUACACCACCCCGAUCGACAUGCUGGGGCGACUGAAUCCGUGCAGAAGGAACAGGAAAAGCAUUUCAAAGAUGUUGGUGAAGCUUAUGAAGUCUUAUCUGAUCCCAAAAAGCGUAUCCGAUAUGAUCAAGGACAUGAUUUGGAUGUCGGGCAAGGCGGCAGUUCGUUCGUUGAUCCUUACGACGCAAACCAGCUAUUUCAAAUGUUUUUCUCAUCAGGAGGGAUGAAUGGGGGUGGAGGAGGAGGACGAGGUCAUGGUCCCCGCUACUACAGCUCGACUGGGCGGGGAGGGGGAUGCUCCUACGGAGGGUUUCAACGCUAAGCAAAAAAAUAGUAACACUUAAAAAUCAUCUGCUUCAUAGACACUUUUUGAAAUUACUUGUAAAUGUAUAAAGAGAGAGUACGACGGUGAGUACGACGAAACGCUGCAGAAGUUUCCAAUUAAUCGUUACAGUCAUAAAAAUAAUUGUCAACAUACAAGUCGGUAUAUAAUUACUUCAUAUAUUACGAUAUUAAGGUAAUGUACAUAUACAAUAAUAUACGUAAUAUAAAUUAGAUAUUGCGCAGUCGCCUUUUAUAUUUAAAAGGCGACUAAAAAUUUAAAUAGCAACUCGACACCAAUAUGCAUGAUUGAAAUUAAUAAUCAUUAAUAAUCAUUAAUUGUCGGGUGCAAAAGAAAUCAGAGCCGAAUAAAGUAUGUUGUUAAUUUCA